UUGCGCAGGCGGAUUGGUUUCGGAGUUUUGGUUAGGAUUGGUGUUUUUUUAGAAGUUAAUGAUAAUGCAGUGCAGAUUAUCAACUACAUUUUGUAAUAAUAUUUAUUUAAUUAAUUUUUGGUGCUGUAUAACAGUGUAUGGCCUCGCUAAAUCAAGGUACAGCAUGCAUGUUGGCUCUCAGCGAUCCGAGGAUGGCAUUCUGUCAAACAAGCUGUAUUUAGAUGGUUCAUUCUUGAAUGUUAUUUGUGAAGCAGCUGAUGAAGAAGAUAACACUCCUACAGGGAGGCAUGCACUCACACAAAGCCUACUUCUUCGGGGGCACACUCCUACGCUGCAGAUCUUCAAUUCAUCCUGGACUAGAGACUUCCAUUUUCCAAGAGCUCAGAGAAACACAAGUGACAAAGCUUGGAGAAUGACCAUUCCCAGAGAGCAGCUAAGUAAUUUAGAUGAGGAUUUUUCUGAGGAAUGGAAUGUCUAUGUUAUGUUAGACCACAGUUUGGAAGUCUUUAAAACCAAGGCGUCAUUUUUAGAUUUAAAUAAAGAACCAAUACUGCAGUGGCACCUUGGAGAGUUGCUACACUAUACCAAUUGGCUUCCAAUAACUGAUAUCGAUGAUGUUCAAAUUCUACAAGUCACUAGCCCAUGCACUGCUGACGUUAUAAUAGUGGCCCUGUCUGGUGUACAGUCAGUGAUACCUAUUUGCACGUCUUAUAACAGGUUCAUGGGUGAAGGGGACGCCUGUUAUGACUUAAGCCAAGCUCUGUGUCCAGAUUGUUCAAAUUUGCUUUUGUUGGACAUGGUACUAACGUCUACGUAUCUGAUUGUUCUCACAAAUCGCGGUGUUUUUGUCAGUGAAAAGAUGACAAAAUUCAACAGAGGUUAUAAAUCACAGUUGGCUUUUAAUUAUAUAAAUAUUGAUGACAUUCAACAAGGACACUUUGUUCACUAUAAAUUGAUGCAUACUCCUGAGUGUUUUGCUGCCCUCAAUGUUGGGUUAGUAUCAUAUGUGGAUGUCAUAUUUCUAGUCUCUAAGUCAUCGUAUAUAGAAAAGAGUCCUUUAAAGGGUACAGCACCUUAUACAUCUUGGUCAAAGGUGGAAUUCCCUGGAACUUAUGCUGUUAGCCAAACAGUAGCUGCUGUUGUGGACAUAGACAGAUAUAUAUUGAUUGCCCUCCAAAGACUUCAAGCUUCCUAUCAAGUAGUGUCAUUCGUUUUUGACAUCAAUGACCUCACCAUGAAUCAGCGCCCAACUGUUCCACCAUUUGUCAUUCCCAAUUCUAAUAAUUCUACCAGUCUUUCAGAGCUUUGCCUCAGUCCCAAAACACAUCUUGUUUAUGCAGUUGGAUCCCAGGUGUUGGUUUCUGAUGAUGGAGCAAAUUCCUUCACCCUUUUGCUGGAACUUGUUGAUGAUCAUGUGAUAGAAUGUCAAUUUGCUAACCAAGGCAAUGAUGUUUAUUUUAUCACCAACCAAUCAAGUGUUUAUUUUGGCUCAAUCGGAGUGAAGAGGUUAGUUCUCCUUAUGCAAAACAUCCAAUCACCAAUGAGCAUUCACAUCUCACACCUGGAUGAAGUUUAUGUUAUGCAAAUUAGUAAUGUUGCUGCUCCUGGAUUCAUUACUACAGAGAAGCUUCAUGUACAGAGGCUCAUAGAGGCUAUAGAAGACAAACUAAGCUGUCCUUUAUCAGCUCAGUACAUCACAGCUAAGAGACUUCUUCUGUUUGAGCACCAGAACCUGACAGGAACACCUUGUAACAGAACCCUCCACAUGGCUGAUAUAGGGACAACAUUAACCACUAGUGACGGACAAAUACUUAUAACUGACAUUACACACCUGAAUAGGGCAGAUGGCUUUAGCAUCAUGGCCGCAGCAGACGUUGUUUCACCUUUGGCCUUUGAGAAACUUUCAUCUGAACCAGCACAAAAUUAUAACAUUACUGUAUCCAGUGAUUCUUCACAACUACAUCUUCAACUGCAAGGUGUAUUAGGUCAGUCAGAAGGAUGGCAACAACAUAGUGUAGGAAAAACCAUCAUCCAACCUGGACUCUCCAGUAUUCUCAUCUUAUCAGUAGAGGAUGAAAGAGUUGCUAUGGGUACAGCUGUACUGCCCUCACUUGUCAAUACAGAGUAUCUGGCUGGAAGAUGGUUUAUGCACAGUUCACCUGGUGCUUUUGGUGAAAGGUCAAGCAGUUUGUCUGAAGGGGUAUGUCAUCAUCAGUUAGUACCAGAUGACAUCAUUGCUAAAAACAGACUGAUCUACUUGGACAUGGGAGAUAGCUUCGAGUUUAGUGUCACUGCUACAACUAAAGAAAUAGGGUAUUUACGGGGAUCGAACAAACGGUUGAUGAAGCUAACAGUAAGUAACCGUUACCUUGUGCAUGUUGUACCAGAGUAUCACAGAGAUAGACUUGGGAUAGAGACACUGACGGUAGAAGUUCACAAUCCAAUCAACCAACAGGGCUCAUCGACUAUCCUCAUCCAGCUUGCACAAUCGUCCCUCACUUGUCCUCAUACUUCCCUGUCAAUUCGCUUCAUUUGUGGUUGCCCAGCAACAAAGCAUCUUCACUAUUUGCAAACACCUAAGAUAACAAUGGAGGAGUUUCUAGAAGGGGACAAAAAAGAUGAGAAAAAUCUGCCAAUUUUUCGUAGUCUCUCGGUGAAUUAUCGUCCACCAUCUACCAAAGGUGUGGCUAUUCCACUGUCAGAUAAUAUCUACAAUGCGGAUCCAUCAAUGCCUGUGCCAAGAACCAAGUAUCUGAUCUCAAAGGAAUCAGGAUCGUUCAAGCAAUGCGCCAAUGCGAGAGAUCACGCUGACUGUAACUGUACCAAUGAAAUGAAAUAUUCAUCACUGGCUCGAUAUUCAGAUUGUAAAGAAAAGGUGUAUCUUGUACUCUACCCAGGCCGUCUAGAACCAAGGUUUGUUAUUCGGCAGUAUGGUAAAGCUGAUAUUGCUCUUAACGGCUCUUUUGCUGUAGCCCUAACCGAGUUAAAUGACAGAGAAGAUUUCACAGUCACAAAUGUGCCUACGCCAAGUUUAGAGGCUAUGAAGAAUGAUCCUAAUAUUGUGGACCAUGAUACUUUUCUCACACCAGAUACCAUCAAAAUUACAUUACUGGGGUCAGAGCUUUAUCACUUUAAGAUGACUGUUGUACAUGGAUUCUCAUACUGCCCUCUGGAAGAUGAAUUCCAGGUGUAUGUUCACCUGGCGCCGCUACCGAAUCCAGCACCACUUGUCAUCAUUGCACUGACUAGCAUCAUUAUAGGUGGCAUUAUAUUUGUCAUCUACUUGUUUUACCUAAAUCGUCACUUCAAUUAUCGACCACGUAAACAUGGCUCUCAAUGUUGGCAUCCUCACCACGUGCAACAUCAGUGAUUGAUGUAACACCAACAUCUGAAUUCUAACACCUGGAUUGAUGGAUUGAUUGAUGGAUUGAUUGAAUGAAACAUACUGUAACAGCAAGAUUCAACCUAACACCUGGAUUCAACCUAACACCUGGAUUCAACCUAACACCUGGAUUCAAAUGCUGCUGUAAUGCUCAGCAAAUUUGUCUAAAUGUGGAAAUAAACUGCACUACAACAUUUUGAGAAGAUGCAGACAUCUGGAUGUGUACAUUUUAAUAAUGCGUGUAGGAUGAAUAUAUGCUGUAGUUAUAUAAUAGUCACAUUCAAAAGACACAUUGGAAUUUUUUAAGAUGGUUAAACCACAAAAACUUGUUUCUUGUUGCUAAGAAUAAUUAAACAUUUUGUCCAAUAAACAUGUCUUAAAAAUUGUAUGAUUAGCUGCUAAGGUGCUCAAUACAAUACUGUAGAGCAUAUAUAUAUAGUAUAGUAUAUUUA